GGGGCAGAGGAGCGCCCGCCCGGGCCUGCCGCCGCGCAGCCGGCGCCCUCGGCGCCCGCGGCGCCCUCAGCCCCGGGGAGAGCCCACCCCGACGGGGGCGCGCGCGAGACGGACUCGCUGGUGUCCAUCUCGUCCUUCAGCUUCGGGCGCGAGGACACGCGCGUGCUUCUGCGCGACGAGGCGCGCUGCGACGGGCACCGGGCCUCGGCCGCCGCAGCGGGGGCCUCGUCGGGCGCGGGCGCCGCGGCCGCGUGCGGCGCGGAGGCCCGGGCCGCCGCGCUCGGCCCCCCGCGGCGCGGGGACGUCGUGCGGCAGCUCGACUUUGCGGCGGCCGAGGGGCCGGCACGGGCCACGGAGCCGGCGCGAGCGGGCGCUGCAGUCGGCGCACUUGGCGGCGCAGGGGCCCUCCCCGCGAGGGCGGCGCUGGGCGAGAUCACCAACACCGCCGGCGGCGUCAGCCUCGGGAAGCAGUCGAAGGAUCGCCACCGAGUCGUUGCCCCAGACGGAGCGCAAGCCCCACUGCAAGACCGCCAGUGCCCUUCCUCUGCUGCUGGAGCGCUCCUGGACUCCACAGGGCAUGCGGCGCUGGAGGCCGCGCCCGCGGCGGGAGGGCCUGCCGCCACCGCUUCCGCGGGGCCACCGCCGCCGCCCGCCGAGCUGAGCCCCGCUGCCUCGCGCGCCUCGCCCUGGCGCGCGGAGGAGGAGGAGGCCGUGGAGCCAGGCGAUGGGCCCCCGGAGCAGUCGCCCUGCAGCGGCACGCUGGUGUCCAUCGGGCCCGUGGCCUCGCCCACGGUACUGCAGGAGGGAUCCGUCAUCGGCACGUCCCCGCCGUCCUGCGAGCCGCCCUCGCCCGCGCAGGCGGGGCUGGGCGCCGCCCCCCACGGCCGCAGCCCCGGCAGCGGUGCGCGCUCGCCGCCGGGAGCCGGGGCGGAGGGCCACGCCUGCACCGCCACGGGCGGAGGCGUGGUCCUGCAGCUGCGCCUCUGCUCCUGCGGCCGCGGCCUGCGGCUGGACCCGCCCCAGGUGCAAGCGGCCGCCGGCGAGGCGGCCCCCGGGCCCUGCGGCAGCCCCAGCUGCCACCCCGCGCGCGCUCACGAGGCCAGCGCCGGCAGCCGCGGGGGCGCGGCGGGGCCGCUGCCGCAGGCGGCCUCGGGUGGCCGGGGCCACGCCCUGCGCCGGGAGCCUCUGGCGCAGCUGGGGCUGCGCCGGUCGCGCUCGGCGCCGCUGGGGCGCGCGGCGGCGCAGACGCCGCGAAGGUACUCGUUCGUGGAGGUGCCCGCGCGCCUGCAGGAGCGGACCGCGGCGCGCGAGCCCGCGCAGGCCGCGCAGGGCGCGGGGGCGCGGUGCACGCCGGAGCCGUCCAUCGACGAGCUCCAGAGCAUGGCCCGCGGCAUGCAGCUCCGCUGCCUCGACCGCUGCCGGCUGCUGCACCCCCGCGGCCUCGGCCCCGGGGGCGGGCACGCGCUGCGCGGCGCCCGGGAGGGCCGGCAGCCGAGCGCCCUCCUCGCGGCCGGCCUGCACCACCGGCGAGGCGGCUGCGCGGGCGGGCGGCAGUGA